ACUUUUUUCGUACCAUGUGUAACUAGCUCUCUUCCAAACAAAAAAAAAAAAAACAAACAACUCUUGAAAAGUUCCAAAAAGAAAACAACAACCUUUCGAUAUUUUGUGGUCCGUGCUAAAAUUUUACAAAACAAAAGAAGAAAAACUCAACUCAACUCUGAAGCGAAGAUGGAGCCGCUUCCCAUGGAAUUGAAGAGCGCUUUGGCCACACUGGCCAGAUUCUUUAUUAUCUGCAACUUUCUGGCCGAUUCGGUGCAUUUGCUGCACGACUGGGACCUGGAGCGGACCCUACUCAACCUGAACUGGCGCUGCGGCGAAGUCUAUGCCAAUCUCUAUCUAUCCUGCAUUGUCGCCGGCCAGCUGUUGGCCUGUUUCAUGGUAAUCUUCGACAGCAAUCGCCAGGUGGCCGCCGGCAUACUCAGCCUGUUGGCCAAUUUGCGUGUGGCCUCGAAUCCCAUGUUCUGGAACAUGGAAAUGUACGCCGAUGUCUUUGCCCUGGUCAUAGCCAUACUGUUGGCCACCAUACCGCCGCAUCGUCUGGUCCGCUGCGGCUUCCUGUUUGUGGCCUACUUGACAUACAAGAACCUGAACGAUGGCCUGCCCUGGCAGCUGCUGCACCGCUACGGUGUGAAGCUAUUGAUCAUCUUCGUGCUGAGCGGCUACCGUCUGAAGUGGUCCACGGCCAUGCUGCUCCUGCUGCUGGCCACGCAGAGCUUUCAGGCCUAUGCCUGGUGGGAGCUGCCCUAUUCGCUGACCAACAUGCCGAUCAUAUUCUACAAGCGCUUCCAAUUCUGGCAAAUGGUAUCCAUACUUGGCGGCGUCCUAAUGACCGCCGUUCACACCCAGGAGUUCUGAAAACGAUGCAGCAUAAAUUUCUUUAAGAAUGUUAACAGUAAACUCUAUGUUAUUCAUGUUAGAAGGUAAGAUGUUAAGAUGUUCUGUUAGUUUGUUUAACAUCCAGAGACCUGUAAGUUAUAUGUUAUAUGUUACAUGAUGUUAUGUUAAUGUAAGUUGAUUUAACAGCCAAAGAUAACAUUUAAUAAACCAACUGUUAAUCGCUAUUAA